AUGGACCAAAACGAACACCAGACAGAUGCCCACCGGCGUCCGAAGAAACUAAUCUUCGCACCAGGCGACGUUGCACCAACCUCCAAGGAGCCCACCCCAGAACCCCAGCCCCAAGCAGCCAUCGACCUAACUAUAGAAGCCCUCCGCACCUCAGCCUCAACGCCAGACUCCACGACAGAAACCGAAGUCCUCUCGAACGCCGCGCGCGCGCACCAAUUCGGCACAAACCCACCCCUAACCAUCUCCCAAAUCCACGGCACAAACCCACUCCACCAAUUCAACACGUGGUUCCGCGACCCGCGCCUCCCAGCCUCCUCCGCCCCGGAAACAUGCACCCUAUCAACAGCCUCCCUGCCCUCGGGCCGCGUCAGCGCGCGCAUCGUAUACCUAAAAGAACUCGACGAGCGCGGCUGGGUCGUCUACAGCAACUGGGGUAGUCGGGAAGGCAAAGGCGGACAAGUAUUCGGGCUCGGUGAGAGCGAUACGCUCGGGGCCAUGCCCGAACCAGACUCAGAGCCAACGGUGACCUCUGAGAUCGGGUCUGGAAAUAAAUGGGGCGCGCUGACGUUCAGCUGGGCCACUGUUGAGCGCCAGGUUCGGAUUGAGGGCUUGCUUGAGCCGCUUAGUCGUGAGGAGAGCCAGAUGUAUUGGCGGACGCGCGAGCGCGGGAGUCGGAUCGGGGGAUGGGCGAGUUGGCAGAGUAGGGUUUUGUGGUCUGCGGAGCCGCCGCAGCUGGAGGAGAAUCAGCGGAGGAAGAGCGUGGCGAAGUUGCAGGGGGCGUUUUCUGGGGACUCCGUUGUUCCGGCGGAUAUUGAUCUGACGGAUGUUGAGGACGGACGGACGUUGUUGGAGUCGAAGGUUAAGGAGAUGGAGGAGAGAUUUGCCGGUGUUGAGGAUAUUCCCCUGCCGCCCUUUUGGGGUGGUGUGAGGCUUGUGCCGGAGUCUGUGGAGUUCUGGCAGGGACGACGGAGUCGCUUGCAUGACCGGUUCCGGUAUGUGCGUGUUGAGGGCGAGGGGGAGGGUGCUAAGUGGCGGCUUCAGAGGCUGUCGCCGUAG